AUGAAGAAUCUGGCCGCUGGAAAGAAGAAGAGUAAGGAUGUCAAACAAGAAAGACGUAAAAAAUACGCUGAUCUGGCUAUUCAAGGUACAAAUAAUUCCUCAAUUGCGUCCAAAAGAUCGGUGGAACUAUUAUAUUUACCGAAAUUAAGCUCAGCUAGUAACUUUCAAAUGAACAAAAACAAAGAGCUGUUGGAAUACUUCAAGUUCUUUGUUCCCAAAAAAAUCAAGAGAUCUCCCUGUAUCAAUAGAGGCUACUGGCUGAGGCUAUUUGCCAUUAGAUCGAGGCUAAACUCCAUCAUAGAACAAACACCGCAAAAUGAAAAGAUAAUUGUUAUCAACCUUGGGUGUGGGUACGAUCCAUUGCCGUUUCAACUGUUAGACACUGACAAUGUCCAAAGUCAGCAGUAUCACGACCGUGUUUCCUUUAUUGAUAUUGAUUACUCCGAUUUAUUGAAAAUCAAAAUCGAGUUGAUCAAGACUAUACCUGAACUUUCGAGGAUCAUUGGUCUCACUGAAGAUAACGGUUAUGUUGAUACAAGUAAUGCCGAUGUUUUGACGACGCCUAACUAUCUCGUCAGGCCAUGUAACUUGAACGAUUCUGAAAUGUUUAGCGGAUUAUUGAACGAAUGUCAAUUGUACGAUCCAAACGUCGUUAAAGUAUUUAUUGCAGAAGUUUCACUGGCUUAUAUGAAACCACAGCGUUCGGAUAGUAUCAUUAGUGCAUGUUCUAGGAUGGAAAAUAGCCACUUUAUUAUUCUUGAGCAGUUAAUUCCAAAAGGACCCUUCGAACCAUUUUCCAAGCAAAUGCUAGCGCACUUUAAGAAGAAUGACUCUCCACUACAAUCUGUACUGAGCUAUAACACCAUUGGCUCACAGGUUCAAAGAUUCAAUGAGUUAGGUUUCUCUCACGUUAACGUGGGCGAUAUGUUCCAGCUGUGGGAGAGUGCAGACGAGACGACUAAAAAGGAACUUCUAAAAGUAGAGCCUUUUGAUGAACUGGAGGAGUUUCACUUGUUUUGCCAUCAUUACGUCUUAUGCCAUGCUACGAACAAUAAAAGAUUCCUAUUUGCUCGAGGAUUCAUGUUCGACAGACCGCUUUCUGAGAGUGAGUUAGCUGUAAAUGAAGAUUAUCUGCUUCAAGAAUGCGAGUGCGCCAUUAAUAGAAAAUUCGGGGAUGCUGCCGUUUGUGGAAAUGAUGUGUUUUAUAUGGGCGGUAGCAACCCAUACAGAGUCAACGAAUUACUGCACUUGAGUAUAUCUCAUGAUAAAAUGGAUGUGCAAAGCAUUGACGUAGGCAGCAGUGAGCUCCCUGUAGCAAGAAUGUGUCACACUUUGACAGCCCUGUACGGCAAUGAACAGCUCCUACUCAUUGGUGGCAGAAAGGCGCCCCACCAGGGCCUUUCUGAUAACUGGAUAUUUGAUACAAAGAAGAGGGAAUGGUCAAUGAUUCAGAGCUUGCCACAUACAAGAUUCAGGCAUAGCGCAUGCAACUUAUCAGAUGACAACGUUUUGAUCCUCGGUGGGGUUACAGAGGGGCCUUCUAUGUUAUUAUACAAUGCUGCCAAGAAAACUUUCCAAGAUAUUACACCAAAGAACGAACUCUUUCAGAAGUCGCUAGUAUCAGCGGGGCUGGCGUUUGAUUCUGUUUUGAAUCAAGGUGUUAUACUGGGUGGUGGAUUCAAGGAUCAGACAACCGUCUCGGAUAAGGUGAUUGUAUUUGAAUAUGAUCCAGAGAAUACCAUGGAACCGAUCAAGGUUGUCAAAGAAAUCCGGCACCCAUUUUUUCAACGCUAUGGCUCUCAGAUUAAAUACAUUUCUCCAGGACAGCUCUUGAUAGUCGGAGGAACAAGCCCUUCAAGACUGUUUGACCAAACUAACUCCAUAAUCAACCUUGACCUGCACAAUGAGACGCUAACGUCCAUUCCUAUCACACAAAGCAUAUGGCAGGAUCACUCAUUGAUGCUUGCUGGUUUUAAUUUGGUUUCAACUGUGGAAGGGACCAUUCACAUCAUCGGAGGUGGUGCCACCUGCUAUGGGUUUGGGUCAGUAACUAACGUGGGUCUUAAGCUUAUACCAAAGACUAAAUGA